CUCUCUUUGUUGCGUAUGAAGAAGAGCUGGUAUGUGUGAAAAGUCAGCGACUCUCUUUCUUCAAAACCAUUCUCUUUGUUUUUGAGAAGAACAAUCAGUUUCAACCUUCAAAAAAACUUGUUUGUUUCUUUGUUUGCUUGCUUGUUUAUCUGCUUCCUAGCAAAUAACCAAAACCCAUUUCCCCAGAACAAAGUAUAUAUUUUUGUUUUUGUUUUUUUGUUCUUCAUAGCUUAAUCAAACAACAACAACACACACCCAAAUAACAAACCCGAGGGUUGCAUGCUCUUUACGUCUGUUGGGUACAAAAGAAAAAGAAAUCUCUGACUACCCUUUAAUUCCAAAUGACACUCUUUCUCUCAUACUUGUUCUUGCUUUUGCUUUUGCAUUAAAAGUAUGAGCAUCAGUUUGUUUAUGUCAAGGAUGGACAAUUAUCAAGGUGAUUUGACUGACAUAGUUCGAGCUAGUGGAGGGCCAUAUGGUUGUAUUACAGGCAAUUCUUCACAACCCAUUUCUGAGUGGCAGUUUCCUUCGGAUCCCAUGAUUUUUCCUUCCAUACAAGAGCAGCCUAGAGAUAAUUUUGGCGAUCCAUUCUCUAAUAUGCGAGAUCCACUUCUCAAUGAGCUCCAUUUAUCAUCCAGUUCUAGCUUCUUUGGCAGCUCCAAUUCUGCUGAUGUUAUUGGUACUGCUACUUCAAGUGUUGAGGAAAGUCACACGAGUAGUUUUACUGGUUUACACGUUGAUGUUGGUGGUGGUGUUGGUUCUAGUAGUAGCUCUACAAGUAUUAAUGUUCUUGACCUCGAUGAGAUGAAAAGGCCUUGUAAUAUAUUUUCAAGGAUGCUUCAGAUCUCUCCUAAUAAUGCAAAGUUGUCUGUGUCCCCAUGUGGUUCACCAGUGAUGGCUGCUAAUUCCCCUAGGGGAAUUAAGGCUCCUGCUAUGCUUCCAAGUGACAUUCUUAGUGUUCCUAAUAGCUCCAAGCCUUGCUUCAUGGACAACACCGCAGUGCAGAUCUCAUCUCCCAGGAAUCCAGGUAUUAAAAGAAGGAAGAGCCAGGCAAAGAAGGUGGUUUGUAUUCCAGCGCCAGCAGCUGCAAAUAGCAGGCCAAGCGGAGAAGUAGUUCCUUCUGAUCUGUGGGCUUGGAGAAAGUACGGUCAGAAACCCAUUAAAGGUUCUCCUUAUCCAAGGGGCUAUUAUAGAUGUAGCAGCUCAAAGGGAUGUUCAGCUAGGAAACAAGUGGAGAGAAGCCGGACUGAUCCAAACAUGUUGGUAAUUACAUACACAUCUGAGCAUAACCAUCCAUGGCCAACUCAGAGAAAUGCUCUUGCUGGCUCAACCAGGUCUCAGCCAUCAAAGACCAAUGUUACUUCAAAGAACUCACAAGGUGCUCAGCUAGCUCAGAAGCCAACUAGUCCAAAGGAAGAACAAAGGGAGAGCAGCAAUGACAACAAUGUGUCUUCUGUUGUUGCUGGAAGCUCAACAACAAGUGCAUCUGUUAAGGAAGAGAUUGAGGAUAUUGAUAAGCAAUUGGAGAUGGACAAUGAUGGAGAAUUCAGUAAUGAUCAAGGGUUUGCUUACAGGCCAGCAAUGAUAGUAGGGUCUAACCAGUCUGAUCAGGAUUUCUUUGCUGAAUUAGGAGAAAUUGAGACUGACCCUUUAGACCUCUUGUUCAAUCAAGGGUUUACAGGAGAUCAUGAACAGAAAGAAAGCAAGGCCAUGGAUCCAUUCAGCCUGUUUGAUUGGCCUUCAGGAGACAACACCAACACCAACACCAACACCACAAACUUAUUUGGAGAAGCUAAGAGGGGGUUAUAACAAGACCUUGAAACAACCAAUUCCCCCACUAAUAUAGUCAUUUAGUAGUUCAUACGGUGCAAUUCUGCAUUUCAGGUCCCGCUAUAAACCUUAAACCUUUGGUUUGAAUACUCAACAAAGCAACAAAUUUUACAAUUUUUUUCACAAUUUGUUGAACUGACGAUUAUGAUCAAUGCAGCACAUUACUUUCAUUGGGAAGACCGCUGAUAUCAUUUUCGUUAUACUUCAAUAAUAACUUUCCCCUUCAGCUAUUGUGAAAAUAAUGUAAAAUUUGUUGUGACA